GGAGGAGCUUCUUGGUGAAGUUAGGCCUGAGAAGGGGCGUGGCUUCUUGGUGACUUGUCGCCAGGAAUGGGGCGGGGCUCUCGGUGACGCGACACCGGGAAGGGGGCAGGCUUUCAUUGAUAAAAACUCCGGGCUCCGGCAGGCGCGAGCGCAGAGUAGCAAAUCCAGGCAGCGCCGCACGCGGCCGGGGCCAGGCAGAACAGAGAUCAAGCCGGGCCCGCGCUGCGACGCGCCGCAUGGAGCCCGCCGCCGGCUUCCUGUCCCAGAGCCCCUUCCCACGUGUGGGUGCCCCGCCCUCGCCCCCUGCCGGGCCCGGGCCGCCUCAGAGUGGGGUGCCUGGAUCUGACCUGGAGGUGCUGGCCGGGACACCGGCGCCAGACCCUGGGCGCCUCAUCACGGACGCGCGCAGCGGCCGCACCUACUUCAAAGGUCGCCUCUUGGGCAAGGGCGGCUUCGCCCGCUGCUACGAGGCCAUUGACACAGAGACUGGCAGCGCCUACGCGGUCAAAGUCAUCCCGCAGAGCCGCGUCGCCAAGCCGCAUCAGCGCGAAAAGAUCCUAAAUGAGAUUGAGCUGCACCAAGAGCUGCAGCACCGCCACAUCGUGCGUUUCUUGCACCACUUUGAGGAUGCUGACAACAUAUACAUUUUCCUGGAGCUCUGCAGCCGAAAGUCCUUGGCCCACAUCUGGAAGGCCCGGCACACCCUGUUGGAGCCAGAGGUGCGUUACUACCUGCGGCAGAUCCUUUCUGGUCUCAAGUACUUGCACCAGCGUAGCAUCUUGCACCGGGAUCUCAAGCUGGGAAAUUUUUUCAUCACUGAGAACAUGGAGCUGAAGGUAGGGGAUUUUGGACUGGCAGCCCGAUUGGAACCCCCAGAGCAGAGGAAGAAGACCAUCUGUGGCACCCCCAACUAUGUGGCUCCAGAAGUGCUGCUGAGACAGGGCCAUGGCCCUGAGGCAGACGUGUGGUCACUGGGCUGUGUCAUGUACACAUUGCUGUGUGGGAGCCCCCCCUUUGAGACAGCUGAUCUGAAGGAAACAUACCGCUGCAUCAAGCAAGUUCACUACACACUGCCUGCUAGCCUCUCACUGCCUGCCCGGCAGCUCCUAGCUGCCAUCUUACGGGCCUCACCCCGAGAUCGCCCCUCAAUUGACCAGAUUCUACGCCAUGACUUCUUCACCAAGGGCUACACCCCCGACCGGCUUCCUGUCAGUAGCUGCAUGAGGGUCCCAGACCUGACACCUCCCAACCCAGCUAGGAGUCUCUUUGCCAAAGUUACCAAGAGCCUCUUUGGCAGGAAGAAGAACAAGAGUAAGAACCAUCCUGAGGAGCGGGAUGAGGUCUCCUGUUUGGUGAGUGGCCUCAUGCGGACAUCCAUUGGCCAUCAGGAUGCCAGGCCUGAGACUCCAGUAGCUUCUGGUCCAGCCCCUGUCAGCCUGGUAGAGACAGCACCUGAAGACAGCUCGCCCCGGGGGACGCUUGCAAGCAGUGGAGAUGGGUUUGAAGAAGGUUUGACUGUGGCCACAGUGGUGGAGUCAGCCCUCUGUGCUCUGAGAAACUGUGUGGCCUUCAUGCCUCCAGCGGAACAGAACCCGGCCCCCCUGGCACAGCCAGAGCCUCUAGUGUGGGUCAGCAAGUGGGUUGACUACUCCAACAAGUUUGGCUUUGGCUAUCAGCUGUCCAGCCGUCGUGUGGCUGUGCUCUUCAAUGACGGCACACACAUGGCCCUGUCGGCCAACAGAAAGACUGUGCACUACAACCCCACCAGCGCAAAGCACUUCUCCUUCUCUGUGGGUACUGUGCCCCGGGCACUGCAGCCGCAGCUGGGUGUCCUGCGGUAUUUUGCCACCUACAUGGAACAGCACCUCAUGAAGGGUGGAGAUCUGCCCAGUGUGGAAGAAGUGGAGGUCCCUGCUCCCCCAUUGCUGCUGCAGUGGGUCAAGACUGAUCAGGCCCUACUCAUGCUGUUCAGUGAUGGCACUGUCCAGGUGAACUUCUACGGGGACCACACCAAGCUGAUCCUCAGUGGCUGGGAGCCUCUCCUCGUGACUUUCGUGGCCCGGAAUCGCAGCGCUUGUACUUACCUUGCUUCCCACCUUCGGCAGCUGGGCUGUGCCCCAGACCUACGGCAGCGGCUCCGCUAUGCUCUGCACCUCCUGCGGGACCGCAGCCCUACCUAGGACCCAACCUGCAGAGCUGGCCCUGACCUAAGCCCUCUGGCCUGAGGCCUGUGCCUGUAAGGCCAGGACCCUUGCCUUUGUGCCCCCUCCUCUCCCUUUGGUGCCUCACUGGGGGCUCUGGGCUGAAUCCCUCAGGGAAUCAGGGACCAGCUUUACUGGGGUUGGUGGCUGCCUGCCCUCGCUGCCACCUUCCCCUUCUCCAAGACAAGCCUGAGCCUUAGCCCCCAGCUAGGGGGUGUUAUUUAUGGACCACUUUUAUUUAUUGACAGACAUUUAUUUAUUGGGAUGUGAGCCCAAGGGAGGGCUUCCUCCUGGGAUAAUAAACCGUUUUUGCAGAACUUGGAA